GACUGUGCCUUCCGCCAAAAAGUAGUUUCACCACAAUUGUACCAGAACUGAAACUUAACUACACAACGGAGUAUGGUUUAUACAGACUAACACCACGAAAGUUAGCUUGAAAGCAAAAGUGGGAAUACGCGAAGAUGGUAACGUUAGGACCGUAAAAUAACGCUAAUACUCUCCUCUCCUGCUCCGUGGAGUCGUCUUCAGGUGAAAGCUGCGCAUUUUUGAGCAUUUCUGCUUGUUUUGCUGGGCGGUGUUGGUUUUAGCUAGCCAGCUGGACUGUGGUUAGGUUAGCGUAGCUUGCUUUAGCUCAGCAUUACCUUAGCCUAGCCUGGCUGGUUAGCGUUCUGGCUGUCAGACGGCAUUAGCCGAGCGAUUUUCUUUCCCUUUUUUCCACAAAAGACAGCCAGCGCUGCGGGCGAGCGUGCCGCGGCUGAGCGCUAGCUUGUGCUAAGCUAAUGCUGCCGCUGAUGCCGUUGAUGAUUAAAAUGUUCUGUGUGUAUACGCCGUUACUCGGCAACGCGUCGGCGGAGUGAUACAGGUUUAGUGUGAGAAGGCCGUGACGUUAUCACAAAUAUCAUCACGGCUAGAUCACUUCUCAACCAAUCAGAUUGUGAGGUCGGAACUAACUGUUGAACGGGAAAUAACAGUUAGCGGCUAAUGCUAAUACUGCUUCAGUCUCGGUGCUGGAGAACUAAACGGAAACUCCUGUAUAACUCUGUACUGCAGCGGUUACAACCUGACUGGUAGAAUUCAUACAUAAGAUGCACUGGAAUUUUUGGGGCGCCUUACAGUGCGAAAAUACAGUAUUUUAAAAUAUUUUACAUAUCUUAUUAAAAUUCUGGGUCUUUUUAUUUAUUUAUCCUAUUUAUUUGACAAUCCCUUCCCUGUGUAUUGGCUCGGCUACAUUGUAAAUAAGGGCCACUCUCAAUGUACUUAGAGUUUAAAUAAUGGUUGAUUAAUUAUCUGAUUGAUUGAUUGAUUGGUUGAUUGAAAACACCUAUCUCAGUUUACGGGUUUAGGUCAGGGGAUUGUGAAGGCCAAACACGUUUUUUUUUAAACUGUUUGCUUCAUAAUUCCAUGUGUGUCCCUUACUUGCUCUUACAUCUUUAAUAGUAAUCUAAAAUCUAGAAAAUAAUGUAAAGAAAUAAAGAAAAGAAAAAAAUUGAAUAAGAUGUGUCCUAACUUUUGACUGGUACUGUAUAUCACAGCCCUUACAACAUUGCACAAGCCCUUUCCUGACCUGCAGUGAACGGUAUCUUCUCCUGAAUCUUUCUCUUCUAUCUUUCCAGCCUCUAGCCGUUCCUCAGAUUGCAGCUCUCUCGAGAUCUCUGGCAGGCCUACUUUCCUGUCUGCCUCUUCCACGUCCUCUUCUUCUGAGUGCGGGCAGACGGAGAGCUGAGUCAGCACGAUCAAAAAACACUCCUCUAAACUCACCCCAACACACCCCGCUUCACACACCCGCCGCCUGCCCGCGUGAAUGCGUGUGGAUAGCAGCUAAUCCGGAUCAUUAGACUGGGUUUACACGAGCGAGCGGACCGCGGAGGAGCAGCAGCAGCACCAUGAGCAUCACCACCGUGCGAGCGAUAAACCUGGACACCUACAGCCUGUCCCUGCUCACCGCCAAGGAGGACAUCCUCAACGCCCGGGCAUCCACCAACUGGGCUCUGUUUGCAUAUGAUGGAGUUACCAACAACUUGAAGCUCUUCGAUUCUGGGGCUGGAGGCCUGACAGAGCUGGUCCAGAAGUUUCACUGUGCCAAACCCAUGUAUGGACUUUGCAGGGUUGGCCUGACGGACAUGGGGCAGCCGCGAAUAGCCAUGAUCUGCUGGGUUGGGGAGAAUGUGGAUGAAUUUCGGAAGGAAGAAUGUGAAAGUCAUGUACCAGCAGUGAAAAACUUCUUCAGGGAGGCUCACAUGUUCAUCACUGCCUCUAAUCCGGAUGAUGUGACCGAAGAAAAGGUCGUAGAAAUGUUGGCAAAAGUGCGUCCGACGACGGAGAGACUGAGAAGAAACUCGAGACCGACAGAGAAAGAAGAGACGGUGGGCACCAACUACAGGAAGACCAACGCUGCCAUGGAGAUGAAGCGGAUUAACAGAGACUCCUUCUGGGCACGAGCAGAGCGUGAGGAAGAGCUGAGGAAAGAGGAGGAGAGGAGGAAGGCUGCAGAGGAGAGGAGGCGCCUUGAAAGAGAGAGAAUCAUGCAGGAGAGAAAGGAAGCAGAUGAGAGAGACAGGAAGAUGAACGAGAAGCUGCAGAUGAUUGAAGAACAAAGGAGAGCCGAAGCGAAGGUUGAAGAAGAAGCAAGAAGAAAGGAAAAGACAAGAUGGGAGCUGCAGCAGAGAGAGCAUGAAGAAGAGAUGAGAGCUCGUCUCAGACGCAGCGAGUCCAUAGAGAAAGCAGCAGAGGCAGCAGUGCUGGUUUCUCAGCGAUCCAUGAACCCACGUGAGUUUUUCAGACAGCUGUCCUCCUCAUCCCAGAACUCCACCAGCCCUAUGUCUCCACGAUCAGGCAAACCUCCCUUCCGCCGAUACCAGCGCAGUCUGACAGACACAGCCUUCAUCUUCGAGCGAGCCAGCGCCACCAGUGGCUCCACUUCUCCUCUCAGCCCCUCGUUCACUUCCCCUUUCUCCCGCACACCGACCAGCCCCUUCAAUCGGCCCAUUUCUCCAACCAGCCCCACCUUCCGUCCAGUCACGUCUCCUCCAUGCCCCCGUACCCCCCUGAGAUCUCCUCCCGCAUCACCUGCCCACCGGCCUAGCCCACCUGUGGCUUCUCUGCCCAGUCCACCAGCGUCCAGACCCCCACCACCCCAGUCCUCUCCACCCAGUCUUCCUCCAGUCUCUCAGGCCUCAGCUCCUCCUGUAUCUCCAGGCUUGCAGGACGGUCUGGCUGAGAGAGAACUGUCCAGUCCAGUUGAAAACAGACAGGAACCUGCUGCCGUUCCUGAUGCUCCUCAUGCUCCUCUGCCUGAGAGUCCAGUUCAGUAUAUGGAACCUGUCACCAACAUCACCAGCACCCGCAUGCUGAGUGAGCUGAAGCCGGAGAUGGACUUCACAGUCAAAGCUGUGCUGGUUGAAGAGGAGGAAGAAGAGGAGGAGGAGGAGGAAGCAGAGGAGCCAUGCACCAUUUCCCUUCCACCUUCAGAAACCAAAGCAGCCAUGAGGAGCCCAGAUGUGGCUGAACCAGAGCAGCCCACUGCACCAUUCUCAGAACCCGAGGUCCAGGUCCAGGUCAGCUCUCUCGUGGAGGUGGAGGAACCUACAGAGGAGGAAGAGGCAGAGUACGAGCAGGAACUUGCUGAAGAGACUGGAGAGAUUUCUUCAGGUGUAGAUCAAGGAGAGGCUGAAAGCUCAGGCAGUGAAGAAGCAACCCUGGAGGAACCGCUGGAAGACGAGAUUGAGGCCGACAUCACUGAAGACACAGAGGAGGGUGUGAAAGCGUGUGAGAACGGGGUGAAUGGAGAAGAUAAGUCAGACCAGAAUGGUGUUUUUCUUCAGAAUGGUACAGGUAAGGAAUACGGUGAUUCCUCUGAGGAGAGCACACCAGAAAAGUGUACCUACAUAGUGAAUCGUGAGGAGACUGACGAGGAGGAGGACAUCCAGAUAGAAGAGGCAGCAGAGAACGGAGAGCUCUCAGUUGGCAGACGGCUGUGUGUGCGAGCGCUCUACGACUACCAAGCAGAGGAUGAAAAUGAGCUUUCCUUCGAGCCCGGUGACAUCAUCAGAGACGUAGAAACGGUGGACAAAGCCUGGUGGAGGGGUUUCAGCAAAGAUGGCCGCCAGGGUCUGUUCCCCGCCAACUACGUCCAGACCAUGUAGAGACCUUUUCUUUCUUUCAGAGACAUUUCUUCACGCCCUUAGAUUCAGUCAGUACCAGCCCUCAGGUACCGGGAAGCUUUCACCAGUAGAGGGAGCCAAAGGGUUCUCCUGAUCUACUGGAUAAACCAUAGUGGAGGUACUACACAGAACAAGGGAACAAAAAGAAAAGACACAUCAAAAGGAUCGAGCAAUAAGAUAGAUGUCCAAGAUCAGAGCUUGGCCAAAGUUUGUUGUGUGAGAAGUAUGAGGAAUUGGUAAUGUGUAGGGAUAGUAGUCCAGCAAAAGUCUUUACAGUGUAAAACCUGUUUUCUGUGGAUAAAAUAAAAUACUCAAGCACGUUUUCUUUUUUACCCUUUCAGUAAAAUACAUUUAUCCACUUUCUAAAAUUAAAGAAAUACUCAGAACAAGUAGCUCAUUAUUAUUUUUAAUUAAUAAGUUUUUAGCUUUUAGCUCCAUUCACCCCAUUCAAGAAAGUGGACAGAAAGUGGCUGUAGGUAGCCGCUGCUCCUGACUCCCAGUCGCCGACUGGGUCAGAUAUCUAUCAUACCAAACAUUUGCCAGUCAACUGCAAUCAGUCAGCGACAGCUAGAUGAGUGUCUUUUUAGUAGUUCACACUAUGCGACUGUGUGAGCUGUAUGUUUCAGUGUCCAAAAUGUCCUUCUCUGCUCUGUUAGUGGUGGUGGUUAGUUAGCAACCUUACAGAAGCUCAGUGAUUACCUGUUUAGCAGGAAAACAGCCAGCUCUGGCUGUCAACAUCCUGGCUGAAGCUCUGCUGACAAGAGAUGACAGUCCUAACAACUCAGCAUAUUUCCGUAAUAUCUGAUAAUACAUUCUGAUCAUGUUAUGAGUUACUACAGAAGCUCAUAGAAAUCAUUCUUAAUGGUCCUUUAAGCAAAAAAAACAGAUUGGAGUCACUUUAGCCUAAUAAUGCUUUAUUGAAAACCAGCCCUGUUUGUUAGCGCAAGAUUUUAAACAUGGAAGCUCAUGUUAUGUAAAUUUUCAGCAUUCCAUGAAGCUUGUUCAACCUUUUAAAAGCAGUUCUGGAUUAAUGCAUUUGUGGGCAGAGCAUCGAUUGCUCAAUACAUCAUGAGGUUGCUUGAAGCUAGCCUGAAUGAUCUACAGAUUUUUUUUUGUUUGUUUCAUUUUUAUUCCUUUUGAUUUUUCUCUGCAGAAUGUCUGACUGUUGGUUGUGUUUCUAACAUGUAAUCUGAGUCAAUCAUGUCCUUUCGAUUCAUUCUGAUAUUGACAUUUGAUUUGAUUUAUGACUUUCUGAUGUUAAUGUUAGUUACAGUAACUAUAGACCUGCCUUACAUCUGCAUUUUGAGUGUGUAUAAAUAGUGUCAUUAUUAUUUCAUGUUCAUUAUGGGGAUGUUCCCUGUAUUACUUACAAAUGUUUUAUGGUGCUGCUGAGCAGAUUUUGAUCUUUUUUUAUAUAAAUAUAUAAAUAUAUAUGUUCUGUGUUAUGAUUGUAACAGUGAGGAUAUCCCUUAGAUAACCGACGGCUUUUUAAAAUAAAGAUUAAAUAAGACGCCGUACAUUUUACCAAGAUAUGUUUGAGGACUUUUUGAGGAAAUUAAAUUUGGGGUCAGCUUUCUCCAGAGUGAAAUAUUUCAGAUUUGUGUAACACUGUAUAUCACACAAAAUACUGUAAAUAUAUCGGACUUAAUAAUACUCAAGUUACUACAGUUUGCAAAGUCUAGGCAAUAUUAACCCCUACUGACCAGCGAAGUUUCAGUGUAAGUUUGAGGGUGUUUUUUAUGAAUGUGUGUCCUGAAUACAUAAGAACUGAUUCUGGGCUUGUUUGGGGGCGGGGCUCAUUACCGCCAGAUUUCUUUUACACAGAAGAACCAUGGAUUCAUUGCAUAAAUGGACUUUUGCUAAAUGGUAGCUUUUUCUUAUUUUCGAUAAAUAUAAACUAUCAAAUGGUGAUAAAUCAAUCAUGUGACCCCACACACAGUGUCAGGAGCAGAUAGCUUCCAUACAGAGCACUGAUUUUUUUCAGAGUACCAGGGAUCACAGUUCCCUAAACCACUCCCUGAUUUAAAACCAGCGUUCACACUUCACCAAACAAACCAAAUCUCCCUUUAAUCCACUUUCUAGUGUGAACAGAAACGGUUCAUCUUAGAGCCUGACAGCAAGUUUGUAUUUGAUGUCAUUUUUUUCCAGCACAUCAUUAAAUCAGUGCCUCUCAUUUUCAACAUGUUUCUCUGAUCCAGAAAACACAACAAUGUAAUAAAAAGAAAGUAUUAGAUAAAUGAAAUGCUUAUAAGAAAGUAUUUUUAUUCAUGCAGCAUGAUUUCUUUUGUUUUGUUUUUAAUCCAUUCACAUUAACUUACUUUUGGGCACUCAUAUUAUGGAGCACCAGAUGCGCACUGUUUUCAUAUCAUUUCAUAUUUGUUUAUCUGGAAUAUCAUGAUGUCAUUGAAUCCAUAUCCAAACCUUGUAUGUUGUUGCAUGACAUGAAAUGAAAUUGUGUUCAGAUGUUUUGAGUAAAGGAUGUUAAAAGUU